AUGUCAAUGCAAAUGUCGACGGACAUAGACGAAGCUUUUGGGUAUGCGGACGACAUGAAUCUGGAUAAUGACGAAGAUUUUGAAUAUGAGGAUACGGAUGAUAUUGAUUUGAAAGGUCGUGAGAACGAAGCUUGGCUUAUUAAACUGCCAGCCUAUUUAUUUGAUAAAUGGGCAGACGUCGCAGACGAUGAAACUGAGCUUGCUAGAGUUCAAUUUUUUGUUGAUUCACAUGGAAUUGGUAGUCAACCGGCAAAAAAAUCGUAUAAAUUUGUUCUAUCAGACAUCGAAAGACAUGAAAACGAGCCUAAAGAGUAUGAUCUUGAGGUUAUUGAUGAAAAUGUUGCUGACACAUUCCUUUUUUAUCAAAAUAAAGUUGACGAUAGUGUUGAAAUGGCAGCUACUGCAACACAUAACUUUAUAGUGAAACCAAAAUUUGGGGUCGAUUAUAGUAAAAAGGUUCGUGAAAGGACAAUAAAGGCUUCAACGCCAACCAGAGCCAUUAAGAUGAUGGAAGAUAAUGAGAAUCGUGGCGCUUAUGUGCCACCUGGUGCAUCCUCGGCUGCAAUUGCCAAGUUCGGUAAUCUUGUUCAAAAGAAGCAAAAAAUACCGAUAGAUCAAAAGACUACACGUAUGCCAAAGAACGAACUUAUAGAUUUACUAUUUGGUGCCUUUGAAAAGUACACUUAUUGGACGUUACGUGGUUUAAAGGAUUACGCGAAACAACCGGAGUCAUAUUUAAAAGACGUGUUAAACGAAAUCGCUUUACUAGAUAAACGUGGAUCAUAUAAUAAUUGUUAUCAUUUAAAACCUGAGUAUAGUCAAUCAUCAGCAUCAACAUUAGAAUCUAUUGCGCCGUUAGGACUAGAAGCACCUGUUGGUGGAGUUGUUAGUGGUAAUGAAGGUGGUGAUGAUGAGGAUUAUGGAUUUGAAAUGGGGGAAAAUGAUGAACUUGCAAUGAAUGAGAAUGAUUCUGAUGAAGAUCUAUUUGGAGAAUCAUGA